GCAAGUCAGAGGUUACUAACGAUAACUCAGUUUAGCGCCAGUAUUUUAAAGCUCGCGGACUGAAGUACUAGCGUUAUGUGUCUAAAAAUAUUAUUAUUAACGUGCCUAAUUUUAAUACUCGUAAAUGAAACUUGCGCAAUCCGUAAACCUAAUCGCAAGAUGAAAAGGUCGAAAAUGAAACGACACAGUGCUGAGGACGAUGAUCAUAAAAGCAGUUUAGUGUUCGUGUUUGAUACGACUGGGUCGAUGCAUGAUGACUUGAAACAGUUGAGACAAGGCGCGGAGAUGAUAUUGAGGACCGCGUUGGAACAUAGUAAUUUUAUUGGCGAUUUUGUGUUCGUUCCAUUCCAUGACCCAGGCUUCGGCCCUGCAACAGUAACUAAAGACAAGGCGGUGUUCAAAUCUGCGCUGAACAUAGUUCGCGUUUACGGCGGGGGAGACUGCCCCGAGAUGUCACUGAGCGCUAUACAGCUUGCGUUGAAUGUCAGCCGUCCGCGGUCUUUUCUCUAUGUCUUCACGGACGCUACUGCCAUCGACCAUAGACUAGUUAAUAACGUGCUGGAUGCGGUGCAAAGGAAGCAAAGUCAGGUGGUUUUCGUUCUCACCGGCCACUGUAACGACUUAGAAAGGCCUUCGUACAAGGUGUAUCAUCAAAUCGCCGCGGGUAGUUCCGGACAAGUAUUCCAUUUGAACAAAACUAAUGUACACGAGGUGCUCAAAUUUGUAAGGAAUUCAGUAAAAGGUAGAUCAGUUAACCUCGGAUCUGCUGUUUUGCCAGCCGGACACAACUUUACACAAGCGAUCCCAGUGGACAGUUCUGUGGGCGAGGUGACAGUGUCUGUAUCAGGCGCUAAGCCCAAGAUAAAGGUGGUAAACCCGAGCGGAGAGGAGAUCACGGGACCUCCCAAACUGAUCACCACGUUGGAUUUGUCAGAAAUUAUGGUUGUAAAAGUAAUGCAACCAGAACCAGGUAACUGGAACAUAACAGUCGGCAGCGAGAAGGACUACUCGGUGAAGGUGGCGGGACUGUCCAACCUGACGUUCGACCACGGGUUCUCUGUAUCGCGGCCGGCGUCCAUGGCCGAGACCAGCUACCGACCGCUUCAGGAUGCAUAUAACCACAUGCUGAUUACUUUAUCGCCUCCGGAGAAGCAAGUUAACCUCGACUACGUGGAGGUGUUGGAUUUAGAGGGGAAGACUUUGUUCGAGGUGCCGUUACACGAAGUCGACAAGAAUAAUAAGACGUAUCUAGUGGACGCGUUCGUGCCGCCCAGCGGGUUCUUCUAUAUUGCGAUAAAUGGUCACGAUGAAGCAAACCAAGAAUUGAGGCGUAUAGGACCGACUGCUGUGCAAGCUAAAUCUCCAGAUGUACCGUAUCUAACUACACCACGUAAGAUAAAAGCCCAUUCACACUCGAACGUGAUUCUGAAAUGCAAAGUGGAAAGCCUCGUGCCCGUCACCGCCAAGUGGACAAAGGAUGCCGUGAACAUACAGCCGCAAGUGUCUAGCUUGCAGACCACGUCCGUCGUGUACGAGAUCAGAGACAUGUCGGAGGGAGGCGCCGGCACCUACACUUGCGUUGCAAAGAAUGUUGCGGGUAUCAGUACUGCGACUACUGAAGUCGUUUUACUCGUGGACCCGCCGCAGGUGACGAUUCAACCUGUGAACAAAACGAUGGAGAUAGGAGAGGAGUUGCUGGUGACGUGCACCGUGUGGAGCGAAGUGUUGCCAAACAAGUUCCAGAUAUUCCUCAAUGGAAACGAAACGGAACAUGCAACAGAUGUCGAAUCAAGCGCCGAGGGAUCAUUUGUUUACACCAAAUUGAUCCGCAACGUGACCGAGAAAGAUGGCGGAGUUUACACCUGUGUCUCUACUAAUAGAGGUGGAUCAGCGAACCAAUCGACCCACAUAAUAAUAAAACCGAAGCCAACAGCGCAAAUAUUGGGUCCACACACAAUCACCAAACUGAACAACAGCGAGUUCCAACUAGUUUGCCGCGUAGAGAACGCCAACACAGUCCAAUGGUUGGCACCAAACGGCACCAUAGUUGGUGACCAUCCAGUCAAUGGAAGUACUAACGAUGUAUUAAACGUAGCGAAUGUAACCUGUGAUGGGUUUUGGAAAUGUAUCAGUAUUAGAGGAGUUUUUAAUGCUUCAGAUGUUGUCGAAGUGAAAACUUUAAUAAAACCCAAAGUGUCGAUACAAGGGUCGAAGAACAUAACAGUUCUGAACGGCACGCUACACCAGGUGGAGUGCGAAGUGAUCGCGAAACCAACUCCGAGGAUCGUAUGGCAUCGAGAGACUGAGAAAUUUCUUAAUAAUACAAUAAUUCCGCUAGAAAACAAUUUGUAUCGAAGUGUUCUGACAUUAAACAGCAGUAAAGAGCAAGUGAACGGCACUUACUUCUGCUUUGGCGAGAACUCUGAGGGCAUUGAUCAAGACAGCAUCGUUGUUAAUGUCAGAAGGAGGAUGAUACUAGUGGAGGGAUUUCGAGACACUUCAGUAGAGUUAUACUCGCAGAUAGAGUUACAAUGCAUCAUCGACUGUUACCCCCCCGCUACAGUACAAUGGUAUCACAACGGGACGGAAAUAUCCUCCACUAACGCGCACGUUUCCGACGAUAACUUCACGCUGUACAUAAAGAGGGUGGACUUUGAUGAUCUUGGUGACUACAGCUGUGAGGCAGAGAAUGGGUUCGAGACUCUCGAUGUGAAUGGGACCUUACGUGUGCAUGGAUUAGAGUCUCCCGAGAUAUUGAAAGCUAAAACUGAACAAACUUCGCAAAUGGGAAAGUCUACAAAAAUCACGUGUAGAGUUCUCAAAGGCAAUCCAGCACCGUUAAUAUCUUGGCAGUUUAGAAGCAAACUGUCCAAAGAGUUCUCAUCACUGCCUCACAAUGCAACUAUGGAUGUAGAAGACAACUUGCUGAUACUGAACACUACGGAUACUCACGAAGGCACAUACCGAUGCAUCGCCAGCAACGUUAUUGGACUCGACGAGUAUGAUGUGGAUGUAGCUGUUCAGUAUCCUCCGAAACUCUCUCCUGAAGAGGAAGGGACAAGUCAUCGUGAGGUGAAGGAGGGUGAGAGGGUAUCGUUCUCGUGCAAGGCCGAAGGCUCCCCCGCGCCGAUCGCUGUGUGGACCAAAGACAACGAGCCCAUAGUCUAUUCCAAAAAUGUCCAUUUAUCUGGUGAGGAGUUGGUGAUAGCGAACGCGUCGGUGUACGACAUCGGUCGGUACACGUGCAGAGUGACCAACGCGCUGGGCUCCACCCGCAGGAGCUACACCUUGUAUGUCUAUGUGCCUCCAGAGAUAGCACAGAAGGAUACAGAAAAAUCCCUAGACCUGUUGGAAGGCGAGCUGGUGGAGUUACCGUGUCCCGCCCGCGGGGAGCCGCGCCCGCGGGUGCAGUGGGAACACAACGGGGCUGGCGUUCAAGACGCCAGGAAGCUCGUCGACGAGUUUGGAUUGAGGUUCGUUGCAAAUUUGACUGACUUCGGGAACUAUACGUGCUUCGUUAGUAAUCCUUUCGGGAACACAUCUGUCACCUACUCAGUUUAUAUCUGGGUACCACCACAUAUAGUGCCGCCAGUAGAUGUGUUGAGAGAUGUGUUAGUGAACGAGAACGUAACACUACAGUGUGAUGUGGUGGGAUUCCCGAUACCUGACAUUAAAUGGGAGUUUCUAGGAACACGACUACUGGAAAACACGACCGAUGUAAGUUUCAAUGACAUCGGCAACAUGUACUUAUCAAACGUGAUGCUACGACAUGACGGUAUAUACGACUGCGUGGCUGAAAACUUCGCCGGUGUUGCCAGGAAGUCGUUUUAUGUUAGAGUUAAUGACCCUCCGAAAAUCCUGGACGAUGGUUACACAGGCCCAUACUUGGCGACUGAUGUGGACUCUUCACUCACAAUAGCUUGUAAGGUGACGGGACGACCCAAACCACUUGUACGAUGGUCUAAGGAUGACUUCUUUUUAGAUAAAGAUUUUCGUUACGAUGUCGACAUGGACGGCAGGCUGGUUAUAAAGUCACCAACUGAAGACAUGAGCGGCAAUUAUACGUGCACAGCCAAAAACACAUACGGGGCAGUGAACAAAACCGUCGAAGUCAAGAUAUACUCUCUCCCCUCCCGCCUGCAGUCGGAGGAGUCUCACGGCGGCGCGGCGCUGGUGGAGGGUUCGACCGCCGCCCUCCCGUGUCCGAUACGGACCUCGCCCGCCGACACUGUCAAAUGGUAUAAGGAAGCUAAAUUAAUAAGAACAGGAGACUUCGUACUGAACAAUGUGUCGCGAGCGAACGCGUCGGUGUACGCAUGCGUGGUGACGAACGCAGUGGGAUCCGCUCAUUCCACUGUGACGGUGACAGUGGAGUGGCCGCCGCGGUUCCUGGAACUUGUUAAUGACACUGUCGAGGUGGUGAGGGGGGAUGACUGGAACUUCGACUGCGAAGUGGACGCUAAGCCGGCUGCUAAGAUCAGAUGGUUGUUCAACUCGAAGCCGCUGGUGUUCGAAGACAAGCAGCGUUUGCGUCUGUUGAACAUACAAGCGCACGCGCAGGGCGCGUACAAGUGCGUCGUGAGUAACGUGCACGGAACACUCACUAGGACGUUCCAACUGAACGUGUUGGUGCCUCCUUUCAUAUCGGAAUUCGACACUUUGGAUGUGUUAUUGAAAGAGAAUGUGAACGCUACACUAGAGUGUAGGGCGAAAGGUACUCCGCAGCCGACCAUACGAUGGAGUUAUAAUAAUACCAACUGGCACGUAGAAAAUGACACUCUGACCAGUACGAACAUAUCGACUCUCUCCUCGGGCCUGUACCGCUGCGACGCGCACAACGCGGCCGGCGCGACACACAUCGUGUAUAGCGUCAGUGUGGUCUCCGCUCCCGCGGUCAAGGAACUUACAGCCUUCGGGAACGGAGAGGGCGCCACUGUACACCACACUGUGGAGGCUGUUCUCAAUUCCCGCAUAAGGAUAUCGUGUAAAGCGACAGGCAAGCCUGUACCAACUGUACAGUGGCUGCGGAACGGACAGGUUGUAGGGGAGAACUCACCAGGUAUAGACUAUGCAGACCUAGUGAUUGAUGAUGUACAGACUGUUCACGCUGGACGCUAUACGUGUGUCGCGUCUAACGAGGGAGGCACUCAUGAGAAGAAGAUUAAGGUUGAGGUUUUAGAGCCUCCAAAAAUCUUCCACGUGUUAUUCCAAAACACGAAUGCAUCGGAUAACACGAUAAACCUCGAAGUUCUCUCCGGCCAAGCGUUCUACCUACAUUGCCAUCCGUACGGGAACCCAUUACCAGAAGUCUACUGGUUUAGGGACGACUUGCCGCUGAUGUUUUACGAUGACACGAUGGUGUCCACCGAAUUCGGCGAGGUUAUAGUGGCGAAGAGAGCUAGUGUGGACCAAACUGGGAACUACAGUUGCGUUGCUAAGAACAAAGUUGGUAACGCUAGUAUUAGUUACUUGGUUGAUGUUUUGGUUCCCCCGCCCAAACCGAAAGACCCGUCUAAAGAAGUGAUAGUGUCCGUGGGGAAGCCGUUGACCCUCGCCUGCCCGGUGGAGGGCUCCCCACUGCCCGAAGUGAUGUGGAUCAAACACCCAUACACAGAGAUCAACAAAGAUACACCCAGAAUAGAGUUGACUGACGAUAACUUCUCUUUGAUAAUAAACAAAACUGAGGUCUCAGACAGCGGUAAAUACUCUUGCAUCAUGACCAACAAGGUCGGCACCACGGAGAUAGUGUUUAACGUUACUAUUCGGAAGCCGCCAUCCAUCGCCGGGAAUAAGGGAAGCAAUAUUAUAGAGGGACACGUGGUGCCUCUGAGAAGGAGCAUUGUACUGAAAUGUGAGGCUGAAGGAUAUCCGACGCCGAAGAUUACGUGGUUGAAGGACACUCAGUACCUAAGCGAGAGUCUGUCGAACAUCCACCGCGUGCUAGGCAACAGUCUCCUGGCGGUGUGGAGCGCGACACCGCGCGACGCGGGGCAGUACAUCUGCGUGGCCGAGAACGAGGCGGGCACAGCGCACAGGAGGUACAACCUGGCGGUGCAGGUGCCAGGCAAAUGGAGUCCUUUUACGCAAUGGUCACUUUGCAACGUCACUUGCGGACGUGGCUAUCAGGAGAGAUCCAGAUUCUGCCACUUCAUCGAUGAGAACAAUAAUACUAUCGAUAAGUCAACGCAAUCGGAGAAGUUAAUACUUGAUGACUCGGCGUGUAAAGGCCCCGCCAGCGAGAAAAGAAAGUGUAACAUGCCGCCGUGUGAGGAGUCCAAGCGCCGGCCGCAGUGGUCGCCGUGGUCGUCGUGGUCGCCGUGCUCCGCGUCGUGCGGCGCGGGCACGCAGGCGCGCACGCGGCGCUGCACCGCCAGGGCGCCCUGCGCCGGGGACAACGUGCAGAUCAGGAAAUGUCCAGAUCUCCCCAAGUGUCCCACGAAUCCAGCGCACACGACCAACGAUGUUUACGACGACAGCAAAGAGAAUUCAAACGAAACGAACCCCUACUUACCCGAAGCAGUAUAUGAAAUGCAACCUGAAGUAAUAAAAACGAUGUACUCGCCGGAUGUAGAAGAGUUUUAUAUAUCGGCGGGCGAGAAGAAACCAACCGUGUAUUUCGAUGUGAACGUGACUACGAACUUGGACUACAGCGAGAGAGGACCCUGCGACCCUGGAUACAGGCACAAUAAGACUUUCAACUCCUGUGAUGACAUAAACGAGUGCGUGAUAGAGAACAACCAGUGUCACUCGACGCAAGUGUGCGUCAACACGGACGGCGCGUACCGCUGCACGUGUCCGCCGGGGUACGUGGCGCUCGGGCUCGGGCAGAGGUGUUUAGAUAUAAACGAGUGCGAGCAAGACAUUCACGGCUGCGAGUUCGCGUGCGUGAACGUGGCGGGCGGCUACGUGUGCGCGUGCCCGCGACAUCUGCGCCUGCAUGCAGACAAACACCACUGCGUGCUGCCUCCAUCAUACCAGCGGCCGUAUGAAGAACUAGAAAGCGGUGAAUAUUUAAGCGCAUCCAUUGAAUACCCGACGAGGUAUAAACCUACAAAACAACAAAAAAAAGUAACAUAAUGUUUAAGAAAUAUUUAUUUAUUUUGCGGAAAUAAAACGCACGACAAUAAUUAAAAUACUUU